AUGCUCGAUCCGGCAACGCCCCCGUCAAACAACUCAGCAAAGAAACGACUCAAAAACAGCUGCAUUUAACGCGAUUGGAUUUGCGAUUUGUGUCUUUCCUUUUAUGAGAUGAUAUGCCGACUCUGUCUGGAAGAUGCUGAGCAAGGGGUGCCCAUUUUUGGUCAGGACCCGUCAUCGGCACAACCGGCGCUGCGCCAGCUGGCGGAGCUGAUCGAGCGACAUCUGCAGCUGGUGUUGGCGGCCAACGACGCGGUAUCAACGUGUCUGUGCAACCGCUGUUGGCGACAGCUGACCGAGAUCGAGCAUUUCUGCUCCAUGGUGGCAGACAAGCAACGGUCGUUGCACCGUUCGCUGCAGCUAAAGACGGAACUGCCAGAGUUACCGGAACUAACCGAACCGGAGCCCGCCUUGGUCGUGUGGAACACGGAAUCGCCCAUUGAGCCGAAGCUGAAUUACGAGGGCGAUGACAUCAAGGAUCACAUACUGUGCGAGCCGGUUAUAGACGCCCUGUCCGCAGGCGAUGAGAAGGAUAGUGACUAUGGCGACACGUUUGAGCCGGACUUUGAACCGGAAAUGCAGCCGGAUGACGAGCCAGAACCAGAUCCCGUAAAGCCACGCCCUAGAGGAAGACCACGCAAAACGCCGCUGCAGCAGACGCAUCAAAUCAUCAAGAGGAAGUACGAGAAGCGAAAGCAGCAAAACAAAACCAAGAUCACAGAGUUAUCUUUAAGAGAGUCAAGAGCCAGGUUAAGGGAGCUUAAACGAAGCAGUACUGGUGCAGAAGAGGAUCAAGAAGAGGACGAAGACGAGGAAGAGGAGGAUACAGAGCCAGCUCCAGAUGCCGACGAGCAACCAAAGCCACGCGGCAAACGCGGCCGACCCAAAACUAAGAAACUGGUCACUGCCGACGAUAAUGACGAUCCUUCAGAGGUGCCCGUCAAGCGCAGUAGCAUUAAGGAAAUGGACGACUAUAUAGCCGCCAAUGUUAAGUUGGACUGUGCAAUAUGCGCCGCUCCACUGGAGGAUUUCAACGAUCUCAAGCGCCACUUUCGCGUGGAGCACGACUGCACCGGCUAUGUGAAGUGUUGCAAUAAUCGGUACAAGAAGCGGACACUGUAUGUGGACCAUCUGCACUGCCACAAAGAUCCGCAAUACUUUAGUUGCCAGAGCUGUCGAAAGAACUUCCUCAACCGCAACAGCCAGGUGAUGCACAUGCUGCGCUUCCACUCGCAACAGCAGGAGCUGGUCCACCAGUGUGCAAUCUGCGAGGCGCGAUUUGCCAAGAAGUUCCUGCUGACCAUGCACCUCAAGGGGCACAAGGGCACUGAGAGACCCGAGGUGUGCGACACCUGCGGCAAGACAUUCCGCACCAAGUUUGAGCUGAGCGCCCAUGUCAAACGUAUGCAUGCGGCGGACUUUACGCCCAUUAUUUGCGAUAUUUGCGGGACACACUUCAGAAGCAAGGCCAACUUCCUUAUCCACAAAAAGGCGCUGCAUCCGGACGGGCCCGUGGCGGAGGUGCAGUGUACCCUGUGCGGCCGCUGGCUGCGGGACGAGCGGAGCCUGCGCAAGCAUCUGGCUCGCCAUGAUGACCGCGACGGCGACACCAAGUACCGAUGCCUACUCUGCAAUGCAGAGAAGUCAUCCCGUGCCGCACUCAGCAGCCACAUGCGGUACCAUCACUCCGCCAAGCGGCACAAGUGCAGUCUCUGCGACAAGGAGUUCAAGCUGCCGAGGGCUUUAGCCGAGCAUAUGGCCACCCACACGGGCAUUGAUUUGUACCAAUGCCAGUUCUGCACAAGGACAUUUAAGUCGCACGCAAAUAUGCACAACCACAAAAAGAAGAUGCAUCCGAAUGACUGGGUGAGAAAGUAUUCACAGCCCAGCAGCAGCAUUACCUCCUCAACGGCUCCAAUCGUUGCUCCUCAUCCUCCUCCAGUGGCUGCUCCCGCUGGCCUAGCCGGGCACAUGCUACCGCCGCUGGGCGGAAUAAGCAAGUCUCUGAUUGAAAUACCCGAUCCCGAAGGCUUCGACUUUGUCAGCAACAGCUCUGUGUGCCCCACGCCCGACUGAAUUUGUGUGUGUCUGUCUCUGCUAUUUUGUGUAUCCAUUCCCUGGCUGGGAUUUAUGUAUAAAACCGUACAAAUAAACUUGAAUAAUUACUGUA